AUGGAUCAAUCACGAGCAACAGGAAUCUCUCUCCAAGAGCUGAACAGAACCGGUCUCGAAGAGAGACCCCGACAAAACCAAAAUGACAUCUCCGCCAAUGCCUCCGAAACAGACAUUAUGCAGCAAUCCCUGCUAGCUGACUCACAAGUCCCCGAUGGCGGCGAAGCCUGGGUAGUGAUCUCUGGCUGCGCAGUGGUGACCUGGUGGUUCAUUGGAACCAGUUACUGCUGGGGAAUCCUACAAGCAGCCCUCGUUAAAGAAGGCGUCUCUUCAUCAUCGACACUUGCCUUUGUCGGAUCAUUGGCAACGGCAUGUAUCUCAUUCCUUGGAAUCCUGAACGCUCGCGUAAUUCGCAAAUUGGGAACUAGAUAUUCUGCAAUGGCGGGAGUCUUCUUCCUUGGACUAGGCGAGGUGUUGAGCGGGUUCUCGGCGAUGAGUAUUGGAGGGUUGUUCGCGACUGCAGGUGUGGUAAUGGGCAUUGGAAUUAGCCUUUGUUUCAUGGUUGUCUCCGUCACGCCGGCGCAGUAUUUCCGGGCGAAGCGCGGCAUCGCUAAUGGAAUUGUGUAUGCGGCUGGUGGACUGGGUGGUGCUGUGAUCAGCUUCGUCAUGAAUGCCCUGCUUGAUCGCGUCGGUGUCCAGUGGACUUUCCGUAUCAUCGGCUUCGCCACUUGGGGUACGGGCCUUCCCGCUGCAUACCUGAUCAAGCAGCGGGUUCCCAUUCCGCCUUCGGCGGUUGUGGACUGGCGUCUGUUCCGCGACAUCCGCUUUGUACUUCUCUUUGCAAUGGGAGCUAUCGCAACAUUCCCUCUUUUGGUCCCGCCGUUCUUUCUGCCGCUGUUUACGGCUUCCCUGGGCAUGUCAUCCGGUACGGGAGCGGGCGUGGUAGCGGCGUUCAAUUUCUCUUCUGCGCUUGGCAGAUUGCUAUGUGGACUGUGUAGUGAUUUUGUUGGACCACUGAACACAUUGUUUAUUUCACUGCUGCUGAGUGCCCUCAGUAUGCUGAUCAUCUGGCCUAUCUCCACAUCACUAGGUCCUUUGAUUGUCUUUGUGAUUGUGAAUGGUAUGGCCAACGGUGGUUUCUUUUCCACCAUGCCAACUGUUGUUGGCAAUACCUUUGGGUCGGCAAGAGUGUCCGUUGUCAUGGGUAUGGUUGUUACAGGCUGGGCAGGGGGGUAUUUGCUUGGCGCACCAAUUGCUGGAUUUAUCCUCAAUGCGGCUGGUGGGGAGAACAACGGUAUCACCAGCUAUCGUCCAGCUAUUUUCUACGCUGGUGCGAUGACUGUUGUUGCUGCGCUGAUUGGAUUGUCUAUUCGGCUCAAGACUGACAAGCACCUGCUGAAGAAGCUCUAG